UAAAUGCAUUGGGUUUUUCCUCAGUAUAUUGUAAGAUACAUGUACAUUGGUGUUCUCAAGAUUUAUAAUUUCAUUAUUUUAUCCCAUAUUACUCUUCUGGUAUAUAUCUGGCACUGCGCUUCAAGACGAGCAGAGACGAUACACCAAUGAAAAGGUGGCUUCAAAUAGCAACAGAUGACGUCAAGACGCCCACUUCGUGAUUGGCGAAGGUGACGCGCGGGCUGUUGCAACGUCAAACGUCGUCCCCCUGGUCGUGCCAUGCGCACUGGCGGUUGUUGUUGUUGAGCUGGUUGUUAUGGCUGGAGAAGGCCUCGGACGAAACUGAGAGAGCGAGAGAGAGAGGUCCCCCUCCCCACCCCCCGGCCCCGUCUCCGCCACGGACCACCCGCCACCCAUGGAGGGCACUGACAUGGACGUGGACGCGGAGCUCAUGCAGAAGUUCAGUUGCAUGGGCACCACGGACAAGGACGUCCUCAUCUCGGAGUUUCAGAGGCUGCUCGGCUUCCAGCUCAACCCGGCUGGCUGCGCCUUCUUCCUGGACAUGACCAACUGGAACCUGCAGGCUGCUAUCGGUGCAUAUUAUGACUUUGAAAGUCCCAACGUCAACACGCCUUCCAUGUCCUUUGUCGAGGAUGUGACCAUUGGGGAAGGAGAGUCCGUUCCUCCCGACACGCCGUUCACAAAGACCUGGAGGAUACAAAACGCAGGUGCAGAGUCGUGGCCACCUGGGGUUUGUCUCAAAUACAUCGGCGGGGAUCAGUUUGGCCACGUGAACGCAGUGAUGGUGAAGUCACUCGAACCCCAGGAGACAUGCGAUGUGAGCGUGCAGAUGCGAAGUCCCACGGCUCCGGGCAUGUACCAGGGCCAGUGGAGGAUGUGCACGGCCAACGGGUUAUUCUACGGAGACGUAAUCUGGGUGAUUCUGACCGUCGAGGUCGGCGGCCUCCUCGGCGUGACCCAGCAGCUGUCGUCCUUCGAGACGGAAUUCAACACCCAGCCGCAGCGCGACGUGCGGCGAGACUUCAACCCGUUCGCCUCGCCGCAGAAGAACAAGCACGACGCCACCGACGGCGGCUUCCGAGAGCCCGGCGGCGCGUGGGAGCGCACGCAAGAGCCGAUCCAGCAGGAUCAAACCGGACUGUCUCACAAUGCUGUAAAUAGGGCGUCCAAUGGGCUCCAAAGCAAUCUUUCCGUGGUGACGUAUGGCCAGGUUAGGCCACAGUUCCAGCCAGUUCCAGCCAGUUCCAGCCAGUUCCAGCCAGUUCCAGCCAGUACCAGCCAGUACCAGCCAGUUCCAGCCAGUUUCAGUCCGUUUCAGCCUCAGAACUGUCGGGGGGGGAAACACUUCCGGUCGUUGCAUUAGCAUUCAAAAGGGUAUUCACGGACCCUAUCCGUUUGGACAGAGCUAGGAUGACAAAGACCUCCCCCCCCCCCCCCCCCUCCAUCAUAGUGGAUGAUGAGCUUAACACCCUGGGAGUACAUGCAGAGGGGUCUGAGGGGGAGAUCUGAACUGUUGUUUUAUAUUGACUCAUGACAACCCGAGGCCCUUUUCACAGACACACACACUACAGUGAGGUAAUGGAUUACACCCCCCCCCCCCCCCGCCGCUGCAGCGAGAACAUCCCACCUGACAUCGACACCCGGAUUCGCAUGUGUGAAUGCUUCAUUGCUCUAAAUGCUAUAAAACCUAAAACAAACCAAAAAAAACACAAACAUUUUUAUUUCCACUGUAAAAAAAACAAAAUCACCCCCAAAACGGUCAACGUACGAUUUGGUAUUUCCACGGACACGUGGAGUGUUCUUGUCUUCUCGGGGUUCCUACACGGGUCUAGAAAUGAAUAAUGAUGAUUAAUCGGUUCUUGAAAAGUGUCUUUUUUUUAAAAGAACGGAAGAUGGAUGUAUGGAUUAUUUCCAGUUUAAACCAGUUUCACACACACACCUAUGAAUAGGAGAGCAAGUGUGACCAGCUGUACCUCAAAAAGAGCAUUACGCAACCUCAGAACAAUGUGGUUCACUUUCUACAGGAUGGGGGGGGGGGGGGGGGGGCACAACUUGUGAUCGGACAACUUUUAAAAUGGUUGAAUGUUUACAGAUUUUGCCGUGUGUGGGUUAAAUGCCACUAUAUAUAUAUAUAUGUGUGUGUAUAUAUGUAUAUGUAUAUACAUAUAUAUAUAUAUAUUGGGUGUGCGUGGUGGGUUUUCGCUUUAAAUAGAUGCCGUAUUUAAGUUUAGAGAAGUUUCCGGUUGCAUUUACAAGUUGGAUGUUGAGAUGAACACUAUUUGCAAAUUAGGAAUUAUGUUUACUUUAGUAUUUAAUUUCAUCCGGUAUUAUGUUCUUUAUUCAAUCGGUCCGACAGCUUGUGCUUCAAAUCACUUUAAUCCGACGCCUACUGGACACCACAUUAGAAUAUGAUGAGGGGAAAAAAAAUGUCACUUAAAAACAUACUUAAAUAUGGACUUAAAUAGAAGAGUUAAAUAUGGACCAUACCUGUGUAGAAACCCCGUCUCUCCAAAAGACAAAAUCCAGAGAAACAAGAUGCUAAUCGUGUGUGUGCGUGUGUGUGUGUGUGUGUGUGUGUGUGUGUGUGUGUGUGUGUGUGUGUGUGUGUGUGUGUGUGUGUGUGUGUGUGUGUGUGUGUGUGUGUGUGUGUGUGUGUGUGUGUGUGUGUGUGUGUGUGUGUGUGUGUGUGUGUGUGUGGUGUUUUCGCUUGAAAUAGAUGCUGAAGCGCAAAAGGAUGCGAGUGAGUGUGAGGAAGGGUUUAAACAAAAAGCCUAAAAAUCUAUUUUGCCUGGUGAGCGACUAGUUUGAGUCAAUGUCGACAGUAAGUGUACUAAAUAUGUGUGUGUGUGCUUGUUAAGUGUGCACGUAUGCUAUGGUUCUCUUUGGAUUUAACUGACAUCAAAAUGGUGUAUACUACUUGGGCAAAGGACGACGUGUCUAUUUACAUUUGGAGAGAGAUUUCCUGGGCGUGUGCCUCUGAAGGAUUGUCGAGCACCGUUUAGAUGAACUGACUCACUAAUUGCCCUGUUAUUAUUAUUAUUUAUUUGCAGUCUUCCUGUGCACUGCAGAUUGCAAAAAGUCCCAUUUACAGCCAGCAGGUGGUGCUAGAGAAACAUCCCAUGACCAACUUCAACCUGAGAUCAUGUUGUCAAGAGAAGUUGAAGACUACUUGAAUAUGAAAUGAAUGGUUCACAUCAGUUUCUUCCGAGCGCUGAUGUUCUGUUACUGCUAUUUGCACAACACUGUCCCACUCAUCGGGGGGGGGGGGGGGGGGAGUUAUUAUUUUUUCUUUUGGGUUUAUUGAGGAUUGUGAUGCCAGCAUUUUCCAGAAGGUUUUGUCGUGUUCUUCUCGUCUGCUCUCCGAAAGGCCUUUAUGUUCCUAGCUUUACGUUUUUGUUUUCAUCGUGUGAAACCACACAGUUUCCAUCAAUUCAACUGAUUCUAAAAAUGAAUACGGAUUUCCGUUUACAUCGAUCACACAUUUAGGUUUUGCGUACCUGGAAAUGAGUGCAGUUGUUCGACUGAUCACACCGGAUUUCUUUUUCUUCUUCUCCCCAGCUGUCCUGUGUUUAUGUCAGACGCUGCAUUUCAUCCUGUAUUUUGGGCUUAAAAAUAAAAUGGGAAAAGUUGUUGAUGGAAUUGAAAAAAAAAAUCUCUGAGGAUAUUUUCCUUUUAUCAAACGCUCUCUCAGUCGUUAUCAUCAAACAUGUUCCUGACAUUUGGAGUUUGUUGCUACGACCAUGUGGACCCGACUCGUGGGAUUCACCAGUAUUUGUUUUUGAGAGUCAGCUGAGAGUCCUCCUCCCAAACAGUAUACACUGUUCUCCGUUGCCUCUUCACGUCAGUCUUUUGUUUUUCUUUCUGUGUGUGUGCUUACUUCUUGUGAGCUUGCUUGUGUGUUUUAGUGAGCGAGAGAAAGAGGGACGUGGUGAGAAAUCUGAAUAUUGCUGGCUUAAUUCUGUGGUUUUACUUUGUGACUAUGUAUGGAUUUGAGAUGGGUGGCGUGGUGAGUGGAUGAGAUGAAAGUUGAUAUAGUCCUAAAAUAGCACAUUCAUCUGACAAGAAACUGUCAAAAUAAAGCUUUGUUUUUUCUUCUUCUCCUGUAUCUAUAAUUAAGCAUUUGUAUGAUUAAAUUAACACUGAAACAAUGA